UUGUAUAUGUGGUCCUGAACCUGAUACGUAUCUGAUCUUUUCAAAUGCGACUUGUGUCUGUACGGCCAGGUCGCAUUCACCUGACCUACACGUCAUUGAUACUCGACAAACGUCACUAAUCUGCGUCCUACUAAGCGAAUGCGGGAAAAACGAACAACCAUGGCGGAAGAUAACACGGAGAGCAGUCAAUGGAGAGAAAGUGAGGUUGCUGACUUAAUUCAUAUUUGGAGAGAUAGCUCUAAUCAGGCUAAACUCGAAGGGUCUUAUCGGAAACGGGGGAUAUUUGAAAACAUUUUCAGAGAAAUGGCCGAGCGGGCAUACAAACAUUCCUGGAUCCAAUGUCAACGGAAAAUAAAGAGCCUCUGGGCAAAAUAUAAGGAGGCUAAAGACAUAAACAAACGAAGCGGACAUGGACGCGUCACCUGUCCAUUUUACGAAGAGCUGGACAGUGUUUUAGGAGACAAGCCCAGGGUUCAACCACCAUACCUGGUGGAUAGCUGCUUUGCCGAAGAGAAGACCGAGGAGAGGAGCCCAGGUCCUGCAGCUAACAGAGGCAGCAGCGAUAGUGGCGAUACAAGUGAUGGGAUGCUUGCCUCACCUUCAACUCCUGCCUCAACCUCAGAGGAAAGUUCUACAUCAAGAACUGAUGAUACAAGCUUUAACAGCAGUACACCUUCUACAUCCACUGGUUUAAGAUCUGCAAAUAAGAGAAAAAGAAAGUCAAAGCUGGAGACAACUCUGGACGUCUUUGUUGACAAGAUUGGUCGUGCCCUAAAAAAUGAAGAAACUGAUCUUUUAUUGAAGAUGCAAGCAGCUCAGCAUGACCAUGAACGUAAAAUGUUCUCCACGCUGUCCCAGUUCUUGGAGAGAUCAAGCCACCCUCCUCAGCCACCUUUUUACCAUACUCCAAUGGAGCCUUCACAGCCUUACAGCCCAAGAGCACCUCCUACUCAUUCCUCGUCGUUUCCUGUGGUUUCGGGUCCAUCCAACAUCAGACCUCUGUCUUUUCUUCAGGAUUUACAUCAACUACUGGUGUUCAACAGUGCUCAUCCACAUUCACAUGUCACUUAAUCCUUUUGUGAAACACCAGUUCAUACCCAUUAUUAUCCUCCUGCCUUCCAGUCUCAAGAUGAGGAUGAAAUGUAAGCACUUUUGAAAAGUCCUGAUUUUUGUUUUGAAGGAUGCUGAUCUGCAUUUUAAUUUAAAGACUGCAGUUGCAGUGAAAGGUUAAGUUUACUUUAGUACUUGAAUUUCAAAGGUGCAGUAUUUUUUCAUAUGGAUUGUGCUGUUCUUGUAUUCGAAAACAUCGUUAAAUGCUCUUAAAAUUGAUAAUACAAUUGCACUACAAGAGCCAUACUAUUUUUGAUGUAAGACAGUAUAAACAGGUAAUGUUGUUGAAAAGUUUAUUUUGCUGGUAUUGAACAAAAAUGUUUGAACAUGUGUGUUAACAGUGGACCACCAAAAAUAAAAAUGUUGGUAGUUCAACGUUGGUUACUGAAAAA